AUGGUGAAACUAGAAAUGAUCGAUCUUGUUGAAAGGACCUCGAUCCUUGUGCUAUUGUCUGCAGCCAUUUUGGCGUGCCCGCUGUACCUUGUCGUCUUAUCGGUGUAUCGUCUAUAUUUGAGCCCAAUAGCACAUAUUCCAGGUCCGAAACUGGCCGCCCUGACAAGAUGGUAUGAGGCCUACUAUGAAAUCAUACUGAGUGGACAGUAUUCUUUCCACAUCGAUAAAUUGCAUGGCAUAUAUGGUCCCAUUAUCCGAAUUGCGCCCGAUGAAAUCCACAUCCGCGAUCCCGAAUUCUAUGAUGAACUGUACGCCAAAAACAUGCAGGUUGAGAAGCCUGGGUGGGAUGUCAAAUUUGGGAGUCCGUCGUCUGUGUUCACGACUGUCGAUGCUGUCGUGCAUCGAAGGCGACGCGCGGCUCUGAAUCCAAUAAAAAGGUUCUCUCGCCGCUCCAUCCUCACUCUGGAGCAUCUCAUUCAGCAACGCACUGAGCUGCUAUGCAAAAGAAUUGCCGAGUUCAGAAUAACCAAACAACCCCUCUCGAUGACGGAGAUGUUGCCCGCCUUCACCGGUGAUAUCAUCAUGCAAUACGCCUUUGGUUUUAGCUAUAAUCAGCUCGAAUCGCCCACAUUUGAGUCCUUCCAUGAGGCAUUCAUGGCGAUUGGGAGCUCAGCGCACGUUGCGUCGUUCUUCCCAUGGUUAAUUGCGGAUCAAUGGUCUAUCAUAGGCCGCGCAAUCGAGAAUCAGCGCAAGGUAAACACGGAAGAGGAAAUAGAGUCCAAGGCCAAGACAAAUGUGUUUCGUGAGAUACUCUCUUCAGUAAAUCUCACUGCAAGUGACAAAGCACAACAACGCCUUGCUGAUGAGGCCAAUAUCCUUGUCGCAGCCGGCGUGGAAACGACUGCCUUUGCUCUCUGUGUCGGCGUCUUCCACAUUGUCAGCACACCAAGCAUCUACAAGCGACUUAAGAAAGAGUUACAAGACGCCUUUCCCGACGGCGAUAGCACAAUUCCCUCGUUACUUGAGCUGGAGAAGCUCCCUUAUUUGAAAGCAUGCAUACAGGAGUCUCUCCGCCUCUCCUACGGAGUGUCUGCGCGUAACCCACGUCAACAUCCCAACCGUGACUUGCGGUAUAGGAAUCAAUAUAUAAUUCCCAAAGGGACCAAGGUUAGCAUGACCAUUGUAGAUGUGCAUCAUGACGAGACCAUAUACCCGGACUCCUAUCGCUUCGAACCAGAACGGUGGCUUGGUGAGCCCAAGGCCCCCGAUGGCCGGCCCCUGGAUCAUUAUUUAGUGGCUUUUGGGAGGGGAACUAGGUUAUGUUUGGGAAUGAAUCUCGCUUGGGCGGAGCUUUUCUUUGCCAUGGGAAUGAUGUUCCGACGAUUCGAUUACGAGCUGUACCAAACAGAUGAAAGUGACGUGCGUUAUAAGUACGACUUCUUCACGCCACGUGUGAAAUUAGACAGCAAAGGAGUCAGGGUCUCGGUAAUUUGA